GGUUCGUAGAGACAAGACGUGUUUGCGGAGCGCAAAAUGAGCCGAAAAUUUCUGCAAGAAUUUAUUGUUUGCUUAGAAAAUGAGCCUGCUGUGUGGAAUGCAAAAUGCGAGGCGUAUAAAAAUAAAAAUUUGCGAAAUAAAGCAUGGGAAGUGCUAUUAGAAAAGUACAAAGAAAUUGAUGAGCGCGCCACAAUAGACGAAGUUAAAAAAAAAGUGAACUCUUUGCGGGCGUCAUAUAGACGAGAAAUACGAAAAAUAAAGAGAAGUGAAAAAUCUGGCGCUGGAACGGACGAUGUGUACCAGCCGAGUCUGUGGUACUUCAGCGACCUUUCUUUCCUGUAUGAAACAGAAUCUUCGGUCGAUGGAAUCACCAGUUUUGAUGACGGCGAGGAAAAUGAAAUACCGAAGGCACCGAAACGAAAACAUGAUGAAUCAUCAGAGUCCCUACAGAAGGCAGUAACGCACUUGGACAACAUAAGGGAAAAGCAACCAAAAUGUGAAGCUGACAUAUAUGCUGAAGGAUGGGCUGCCAUGUUCAAGCAGUUGUCAAAGGAGCAGCAGCUUUUUGCCAAAAAAGGCAUAGACGAGCUCCUUAUGCAAGGCCGUAUGGAUAUGCUGACGUAUCAAGGGGUGUCAAGCAUUGCAAACAUUCCAAAUAAAAAAAAAAAAAAAAAAUAAAAUUGCAAAUUUAUUUAACAGCGACGAAUACGUAUAAACCAAUUCAUAUGUAGUGUUACAAAAUAUAAAAAAUAAAAGCUCUGGGGAGAAAUUCGUGUUAGG